UCAGAACGACCUUAUGAAUGCGUCUGGGAGGAUUGUACAAAGUCAUUCUCACGUCGAUCAGAUCUGGCAAGACAUCGCAGGAUCCAUACUGGCGAAAGACCUUACCAAUGCGACUGGGCUGGUUGUGGAAAACAAUUUAUUCAGCGGUCAGCACUCACGGUUCAUUACCGUACUCACACUGGAGAAAGGCCUCACGUAUGCGAGUAUGAGUCGUGUCAAAAAUCAUUCAGUGAUGUAAGUACCAUUCUUCAUCUUUUGGCUCGUCAUCGCAGAACACAUACUGGAAAGAGACCUUAUGUGUGUGAUCACCCAGGUUGUGGUAAGACCUUUACCAGACGUACAACUCUCACUCGGCAUCAAAAGGGCCAUGAGCCAGAUAUCAGAAGCUUUAUUAGGUAA